UAUUAUGGGGACCUUGCCAGCCCGUUGCAUCUCGUCAAGUCGAUGAUAUACGGAUUGCAGACGCUCGGCGAUGGAGUCAUGGUAUGGAGAUGCUACAUCAUAUACGACAAGAGGAAAGCAAUCAUUUUUGCAUACGGACCUCCCCUCCUUGGAAGCGCGAUCACGGUCUUCUCGAUCCUGGUGGCAUUCUCACGAUAUACACCAGGGACUGAGAUAUUCGACACCGCGCGUGCAUGGAUCACAACGUGGGUCGUAUUGACCAUGACCAUCAACGUUACCAGUACCAUCGCAAUCGUGUACCGUAUAUUGCCAAGAAGGCUCCCAGAAACUACGCAACAAAGUAUUCUUCCAGUGGCAGCUGUCAUCGUCCAGUCUGGGGCCUUGUAUGCCUCAGGCGUGCUCGGACUGCUGAUCACGUAUCUUGCGGGAACCAACGGACAGUACGCGGUCUUAGACCUUUGCUGUCCUCUAGUGGUCAGUACGAUCCUCCUCCCUCACCCGAGGCCUUCUAUCCCAAUCUGA